AUUUAACUCUCUAGUUUGGUAAGUAGUAAUAAUUUAUUCGUGUUGAAGUAAAUUGAAAUAGAUUACAGCAAUAAGUGAACACACUGUUUGAUUAAUCAUGGCUUCCGUGAAUAAACAAAGUCAAAUGGAGCAGUUUAUUACAGCAUUCAUUGAAAUGGAUAAGGAUAGGAAUGAAAUGGUUGAUCGCCAAGAACUGAUCAGAUACUGUCAACAAAAUAGGAUGGAUAUGAAACAAGUUGAUACAUGGAUUUCAAGGUUUGAUACAGACAAAGAUGGUAAAGUUAGUUUGGAUGAAUUUUGCCGUGGACUUGGUUUAAAACAGGCAGAAAUACGUCGUCUCAAAGAGGAACAUAAACGAGCCAAAGAUGGUAGAGUACCUGACCUUCCUCAUGAUAUUGAUAUUAUUGCAUCAACUAUGUCGUUAAGCAAACAACAUGAAAUCUGUACUAAAUUUAAAGAAAUUAUGGGAAAUCCUCCUAAAACUGGUGAAGCUAUGAGAGAUGUGACUAGUAAAAUGAAAACUUAUUUGGAUUCAGAACAUGGUCGCGUCUGGCAAGUGGUUAUACUAACUGGUUCAUAUUGGAUGAAUUUUUCACAUGAACCAUUCAUGUCAAUACAAUUCAAGCAUAGCAAUAAUGUUGUUCUUCUGUGGAGAACACCUUGUUAAGAAGGAUAAAUCUUAGAAACAGAAAUGAAGACAUAUACAUUUAUAUUUCUUUAUACAUUCAUAUACGUAUCUAUUUAAAUACUGGAAGAGCGUAUGAAAAUUAAUUUGUAUAAGUGUGACGAUAAAUUUUAUAUGAGUUUUAAAAUGCUACUACCAUUUUUACUUUACUCAUUAUAAACUCUUAUUGUUCAAUUUCUGAAUACAUAUUUUGAUUUCUUCUUUGUGAUGAAGAUUUUAUUCACUGCUGUGUGACUUAUUUUUAUUUUCUUGACUUCUAAUAAACACUUAUUUUUAAAAAAUGAACAAAAAUGACAGUUUUGCGUAGAUGGAUGGUGGGGUUUUAAAUGAUAGGAAUGUUGAUAAAUUUCUGUACUGCACAUACUGGAGACUAAAUAAAAAAUUAUACAAAUCUGACUAGUUUAUUUACUACCUAAUAUUUGAUAGCAUUCAGAGAUGUUCUGAGCAGUUGCUUGGAUUCACGGUUUAAAGAUACUUCUUAUGCUCAUUCACUGAAUUCAAUAAUCGAUACAAAUGUAAAAAUAUGUGGGGAGUGAGUACUUAUUUCCAGAGAUCUAGAGAAAUAUUAUAAUAAUUCUAGUUCUAAUAUGACGAA